AUGGCGAAAUUUGGAAAGGAAAAGGACGAAUUACUAAUUGAAUCUGUAAAAAUGUACAAAAGUUUAUAUGACGCUAAAAAUACCGCUAAAAAUUUUAAAAACAAUAUUGCGAAGCAUAAAUGCUGGGAAGAAAUCAGCGCGGUUAUCGGGUUUCCAGUUGCAGAAUGCAAAAAGAGAUGGAAAAGUCUUCGGGAUCAGUACACUAAAAAGAGAAAAGGUGAAUCGACGAGUACAGAACGAACAAAUUCUAACUGGGAGUAUAUGAGUCUAAUGUCUUUUCUAUCAAAUGCCAUUAAAAUUCAUGAAGCUAACGAUAAUGAGCCUUUGCAGUAUAUAGGUAUUGAGUUUGUGAAAGAGGAGAAUAGUGACGAAGAAGAACAACUAGAUCAACAAAGUGUGAAUGAAGAUGCUUCUGUGAACAUUAAAGAAAUCGCCCAAAAUAUACAGCAUGCAACAAAAAGAAAUUCUCUUCAACCAAUAACCAGAGUUAUGGCCAGAAGACAUGCCCAACGUUCUACUUUUUAUGAAAAGAGAAUAAAUAAAGUGCCAAAAAUUAAAACACCCAUGCAAAAGUUUUUCGAAUCAAUGGCAGACAUUGUGGAUAAGCUACCACCGCAACUGCAGGCUGAAGUUAGACUCAAAGUAUGUCAGAUAGUGACUGAGACCGAAUUAAAACAUCAUGCACACCAUGACCCAAACCUU